CUACAUCAAACCACGGUUCACCAACAUAAAAACAACUCAAACGCCACAAGACAUCAGAGGAGAAAUGAAACACAAGUAUGGGGUCAGAAUGAACUACAUGAAAGCAUGGAGAAGCAAAGAGCACGCGCAAGAAGAAUUACGAGGAAAAGCCAACGAAUCAUACAGGUUGCUGCCCGGUUUUUUGCACAUGUUGCAAAAAACUAAUCCCGGAACAAUAGUGCACAUGGAAACAGAGAAUGACAACAGCUUCAAGUACUUGUUUGUCGCACUGGAUGCAUCAAUAAAAGGAUGGAAGAAAUGCAAACCUAUAAUAGUUGUUGACGGAACUUUCCUUAAAUCAACAUAUGGAGGUACACUGCUCUCUGCUUGUACACAGGAUGCAAAUGGGCACAUUUUUCCACUAGCUUUUUCUGUUGUGGAUUCAGAAAACAACAACUCAUGGCAAUGGUUUUUCACAAAAGUGAGAGAAACAUAUGGGAUUAGAGAGGAACAGUGCUUGAUCUCAGAUAGACAUGAGAGCAUAAGUAAGGCAGCUUGUCAAGUAUUUCCAGAAAUCACACAUUGCUAUUGUGUAUACCACCUGUUAAGCAACCUAAAAGCAACCUUCAAGAAGAAUGCAAGCAAGCUGGAUAAACCAUUCUUCGCUGCAGCCAGAGCAUACACAGAGAGGAAAUUUGAAUACCAUAUGAGCGAGUUGGACAGCUUGGACAUCCGUGUAAGACCAUAUUUACAACAAGUUGGAUACCACAAAUGGUCAAGAUACCACUGCAAAAACAACAGGUAUUCAACUAUGACUUCAAACAUUGCUGAAUCUCUAAAUGCAGCAAACUUGGCAGCUAGAGAGCUACCAAUCACAACACUGAUGGAGUCAUUGAGAGCAUUGAUUCAACAAUGGACAUACACAAACAGGAAAAAAGCACAGAAAACAACAACAUUUUUAACACCUACAGCAGAAAAGAAAUUAGUCGACAACUUUGUGGAAUCAUUGACAGAAAAUGUAAAACCAAUAAACGAGACCAUGUUCGAAGUCAUUGAACUAACCAGAUCAUGGGUCAUCAACCUCAAGGAGAAAACAUGCAGUUGCAACAGAUUCCAACUUGAUGAGUUACCGUGUGCUCAUGCGCUUGCUGUUAUAAAAGAGAUGAACUUGAAUGUUUACAACUACUGUUCGGGUUAUUACACCACGCGAACAUGGCUUGAAACAUACAGCGGCUCAACAUAUCCGGUACACAAUCACACAACUUGGGAUGUGCCACAAAACAUAAAAGAUAUCAUUGUUCUGCCACCAAACCAAAAAAUAAGAUCUGGAAGACCAAGGAAACGAAGGUUUUUAUCUGAAUGGGAUACAAAAAAACAUAACAGGUGCGGCAAAUGUGGACAACACGGACACAAUCGAAAGACAUGCAACAAUCAAGCAAUAAAAUAGAUACAUAUGAAAUAUUUGAAUUGUUAAAUUUUG